GCUCCUUCCCUAUCUUAGAGGGGAAAGCGCCAACGACCCUCUGUGAACAGCGAUGAAAACGGGUAUUUACUUACUAAUAGCCCCAAACCAAGGAGUCUAAGGGAAGAGAUCUCUUGGGAAAAAAAAAAAGAAGCAGUAUGUGCAACCGCGGAUGUCAGUAAGCAAUGGCGGACGAUUGGACCGCAAUUCCGACUGGUUCCGAGCAUCACACGGGAACAAGAGUCGAUUGCAGCGUGUGGCCCGCACUUGCGCCUCGCGCACAGCCCUCCCCAACGGCACAAGGCGAUACGGAAAUAAAGCCCAUUUCUGGGGCGCUAUACACGGUCCAUCAAGACAGUGGUUGAGGGUGAAGUAUAUUAGCAAAAGCCAGUCCGUUGUUUUUGCAAGUCACUCCUCAUCUUCUUAUCAUCAUCACCCACCUGCCAUAGACAACACCUACUAUUCCCAUUCCCCUCACAUACAAAUUCAUAGAAAUGUCUUCCCCGACCAAGCACCAGACCCGCCGCGAGCAGAUGGAGGCGCUCGAACCAGGCCAUCAUGAGCGACAGUCUGAUCGCACUGGGAGCGACGGCAGUCACGGACGGUUGGCCUGAGCUUCCUGGGUCCUCAAAUACUCGAGGUGGUACCGCAGCACACCGAUUUCAGCCAAGACGGCCAUGAUCCUGGGGCCCUCCAUCGGCGCAUUCUACAUUC